UCAAUGAUAUCGCGCACAUUUCCCUUGAUAUCAUGCAUAUUUUCAAUGAUAUCGCGCACAUUUCCCUUGAUAUCGAGCGUAUUUUCAACGAUAUCACUCACAUUUCCCUUCAUAUCAUGCAUAUUUUCAAUGAUAUCGCCCACAUUGCUCUUGAUAUCAUGCACAUUUUCAAUGAUAUCACGCACAUUUCCCUUGAUAACAUGCAUAUUUUCAAUGAUAUCAAGCACAUUUCUCUUGAUAUCAUGCACAUUUUCAAUGAUAUCGCGCACAUUUCCCUUGAUAUCAUGCACAUUUUCAAUGAUAUCGAGCACAUUUCCCUUGAUAUCAUGCACAUUUUCAAUGAAAUCAGGCACAUUUCCCUUGAUAACAUGCAUAUUUUCAAUGAUAUCAAGCACAUUUCUCUUGAUAUCAUGCAUAUUUUCAAUGAUAUCGCCCACAUUUCUCUUGAUUUCAUGCAUAUUU